AUGUCUCUGAAUAACCCAACUCAGCCUCUCUUCCAAUCUUCCGUUCCCAAGGAAAUCCCACAACCUGUAUCCCGAUCACAGCUAAACGGCCCGCACCCCGCAGGGGCAAAGGAGUCCCAAGCCUCACCCCAAGCAAUAGAUGACCCGCGCACAGCAGCCGAACUCCAAGAUGGAGCCCCGCAACAGCCAGCUUUCCAGCCAUUCUUCACGCUAAUCGAAGACAUCCCUACGGCCGAAUACCACCAUCCAACCGUGCACUACAUCUUCUCCGACGACGACACCGACAUCAUAACCGAGGCAGCUCUCCGCAGCCUGGAAGCACAGCAGGAUGCUCUGCCAGGCAGCAAGAAGCAUCAUACCUACAUCGGGCAGCAUGAUGGGCAAGAAGACCACGACGCAUCCACCCUUCUUCCGCCGCCGAUCCCAGGCAUUCGAGAGAACUAUGUCAUUCUAGACGUUGAACCAGUACCUGCGUCAGAGCACACAACCACUGCACCUUCACCAGCAGCAAUGCAGUUUGGCCCCGGUGUGAAUCCCAUGUCAUCAUCACCAGCGACACAGCCUUCUCCCGGCGCAGGCACAGCACCACAACCGCAGUUCCGCGUGACAUCGGCAAAGAGUUUCUCGCCAGACUGGCAAGUCAUGAGAAGUGAGAUGGUUCCAGCGCCGACAUUUGAGAAUAACGAGGACGGUGACGGGACGGGACAUGGUCUUUUGCUGAAGAUCCACGGGACGGGCGGGUUACCGUAUGCUGCAGAGUCUACAAAGGAGCGUGGAACGUCGCGGUUGGAGGAGAUGAUGAAUCAGUUUGCGAAGCGGAUGUCGGAGUUGCAGACUGUUAUCGAUUCGGCAUAUGUGGAAGGCGAAAAGCGCCAGGAUGGUGACGCGGAGGUCGAGGCUGGGGUAGACGAACAGGAGCAGUCGCACGAUAAGACGAUAAAUACAGAGGAACAGCCGGAAGAUGAAGCGCCUGAGGUUGCCCAGCAAGAGCAAAUCAGCCCGAAACCAGUUCCUGGAUGA